ACAAAAAAAAUAAUUUAACUAACUAUACAAACAACUACUGGUGCAUACAGUAUGUCUUACUUACAAAUAUUUUGUUUGGUAUUGUUGGCAAAUAUUGUAUUAUUAGUUGAGGCCAACACAUAUACCAAUCCCAUAGUACCGUCAUCUCCUGAUCCAUGGAUGACCUACUAUAAGGGUUAUUAUUAUUUUACCGCCACUACCGGUGAUAAUACAGUACGUAUACGUAAGUCUAAGACAUUAGAUGGCCUCAAAUCGGCGCCCCAACAGAUCGUCUUUAAUGAUGGAUUGCACAAUACGUGGGCCCCGGAGUUUCAUCAGUGGAACGGUAGAUGGUAUCUGUACUAUACAGCCGGUCGUACCGCCGAUAUUAUGACACAGCGUCUACAUGUAGCCGAAAGUGCUGGCGACGAUCCUAUGGGUCCAUAUCAUUUUAAAGCAGAUCUCGUGGGAUCGGGUGAUAACACACUAGAAGUUGACGCCAAUCUGAUGACAAUUAAAAAUAAAUUGUAUUUAUUGGGUGCCUUUAAUAACAAUGGUCAACAACAUAUAUUUAUUAAGCCAAUGAUCAAUCCGUGGACAGCAUCGGCUGAAAAGUCAUUUUUAGCGGCGCCGACAAUGAAUUGGGAAAAAGCCGGGUUUCCAGUCAACGAAGCACCGGAAGGCUUACAUCACAACAACCGAACAUAUGUUGUAUACUCUGCCAGUUCGUGCUCUACUGUUGACUAUUCAUUGGGUUUACUCGAGUUUGUCGGUACCGAUCCCUUGAAUGCUGGCCAUUGGCAUAAAUUUCCGCAACCAAUCUUCCGCCGAAGCGACCGAACCCAUGUGUACGGACCGGGACAUAACGGCUUCUUUACGUCACCGAAUGGCCAGGAAAGUUGGAUUGUAUAUCACGGUAAUGAUAAAAAUACUGGUAAUAUGUGUACUAAAGAUGGUCGGACAGCCAGAGCACAAAAGUUUACGUGGAAUGCGGACGGAACACCUAAUUUUGGUGAACCACAACCAGCUCAUGUAGCUCUAACAGCACCAGCAGGAGAAUAA